UGAUGACGACAUCGUUGGGCUGUUCCGGGAUGCUCGCUGCUCUCUCAGAGCCAAAAUACAAACAGAAAGCUGCUUUGUGCUGUAUUGUGUGUACUUUCUUUAAAGAAACUUGAUUCGCUACAACUGUAAUAGUGCCCUGCGACGACCUUACACGUCGGAGGCGAAAGUAGCUGGAAGUUACUGAGGAGUCCAGAUAAGAUGACACGGAGGUAUUGAAGAGAUGGGCUCUGUCCGCUGGGCUUUCCGAUGUGGAUCGUGGACGCCGAGUAGGUCCGAGUGGCUGUUCGCUGCUCGCUGCGUCCAGCCGGAGGAGAAAGAAAGAAUCAGACAGUUUGUUUUCGCCAAGGAUGCUAAGUCAGCCAUGGCUGGGCGUCUGUUGCUCAGGAAGUUGGUGUGUGAGAAGAUGGGGAUCCCCUGGUCUGAGAUCAGAUUACAGAGAUCCUCCAGAGGGAAACCAUUCCUGGCUGCUCCAGCAAAGGUCAGUUCAGGUUCAGAUUGGUCCUGGAGUUUCAACAUCUCCCACCAAGGAGACUAUGCUGUGCUGGCUGCAGAGCAGGGGCUGCAGGUGGGAGUGGAUGUGAUGAAGAUCACUAUGCCAGGUAGCAGCUCCGUGCCGGACUUUUUCCGCGUCAUGACUCGCCAGUUCACGGCGCACGAGUGGAGCGCCAUCCAAUCAGCCGGCUCCGAGCGCCAGCAGCUCGCCGCCUUCUACCGCCACUGG